AUGGUCGAUGUAGCAUUUUCAGAAAAUAGUAAAAAGAAAUCCACAUCUGAUCAUUCUCGCAUGGCCAGAGAAACUGAAUGCCGAGUAGAAGUGCCGCCUGCCAAGCCGGCUAAAUUGCCUCUUGAGGAAAACUUUUUGCACUUUCAAGUCCAAGACCUUGCUGGUGCUUGUACGCGGAGAAGUAGUGCAAUCGUAUGUCUGCGCAUAGAGAUAGGGACAAUGGUGAAUAAACCAGGAAAGCCCAAGUCCAAACGAGUACCUGUACGACUGCGUCAUAAGAUUGAGAAAGCUGGCGCAGCAAAACAGCGCAAACAGAAGAAGCUUGCGAAGAAGGAUCCACAAUGGCGCUCUCGACUCAAGAAGGAUCCUGGGAUACCCAAUUUAUUUCCCUACAAAGAAAAGAUUCUCAAGGAGAUCGAAGAAAAACGACGGCUUAAAGAGGAAGAAUUCGCUCGGAAACGAGAGCAAUCGAGAAAACUUAGGGAAGCUUCCGAGAGAGAAGAGACUCAUGAUAAGCCAGGGGAGCAGAAGGAGGACGACGCUCUCUCAGAUCUCGUGGAUGAUCAGUCAACGUCCGAGGAAGAUGGAGACAACGCAAAUCCAAUGUCCGCACUUCUUGCAUCUGCUCGUACUCGUGCAACAGAGUAUGAGGAAAACCUUUCUAAUGAGAAUGAGGACGAAGAGAUGGGCGACGACGACAACUCAGAGAACGGCAUAAACCUCACGAAUAAUGAAGCAUUGCAUAAGAAAGGAGCAAAUACUGUUGGCUUCUCCAAUGCUACCUUCAGCAAGAUUUAUCGCACCGUGGUCGAAAGCUCAGAUAUCAUACUAUAUGUUCUAGACGCACGAGAUCCUCUAGGCACCCGCUCAAUAGAUGUCGAGCGAGAAAUCGUGUCCGCAGAUGAUGGAUCUAAACGCCUGAUCUUGAUCUUGAACAAGAUAGACCUGGUUCCUCCGCCAGUUUUGAGAGGCUGGCUUGACCAUCUUCGUCGUUACUUCCCUACUCUGCCUUUACGAGCAAGCCUGCCUGCAUCGAAUGCUAAAACUUUCGAUCACAAGGCAUUGACAGUCAAGGCGACGUCAGAGACGUUGCUACGAGCGUUGAAAUCCUAUGCACAUUCUCAGCAGCUGAAGCGGAGCAUUCGAGUUGGCAUAGUAGGUUAUCCUAAUGUAGGAAAGUCAUCUGUCAUCAAUGCAAUGACUUCCCGUCGUGAUUCUGCAAGAAGUUCAGGGCCAGCUUGUCCUGUUGGUGCAGAAGCAGGUGUGACAACAGCAUUGAGAGAAGUCAAGCUAGAUAACAAGCUCGGACUGCUCGAUUCUCCAGGAAUUGUUUUCAAUGCCACCUCGAGCUCUAAUUCGAGACCUCCACAUUUGACCGCCAAGCAAGCUGAACAAGCGCAUCGUGUUCUCCUGUCUGCUCUUCCACCUUCGGCCAUCGAUGACUCCAUCCCAGCGGUAGCUUUGCUCUUGCACCGCCUCUCGCACUCACCAGUGACACUUGGUCCGUUAUUGGAUUAUUACGGCAUUGCAGAGUCAACCUUGGUACCUCAAAAUGGUGACAUUACCACAGACUUGCUGGUGCAAAUAGCUAGGAAAAGGGGGAGGCUCGGUAAAGGAGGUGUGCCAAAUCUGAAUGCUGCGGGUAUGAGCCUGCUCGCCGACUGGAGGGAUGGACGGAUCAGGGGCUGGAAGGAGCCGCCGACCGACGCUGACAGAGAAGUUGCCGCACCGAUUGCCUCCAGCAAUGGCGUUGGAGACAAGCAAGUCGUGCAGGAAUGGAGCAAAGAAUUCCAGCUGGACGAUCUGUGGGGUGAGGAUGAGGCCGAUAUCGCCGAUGAAGCAAUGGAGCAAUGA